UGCUGAGUUUGAGAUGAAGGAUUUGGGAGCUGCUCAAAAGAUCUUGGGUAUGGAGAUUUACAGGGACAGGUCGAAGAAGAAGCUUUUCUUAUCACAGAAGAGCUACAUCCAGAAGAUAUUGUCGAGGUUUGGCAUGUCUUCAGCAAAGCCCUUAAAUACUCCUAGUGCUUCAAAUGUUCAUCUAUCCUCAGCUUAUGCACCGCAAUCAGAGGCUGAGAAGGAGUACAUGUCGAGAGUCCCAUAUGCUAGUGCAGUAGGUAGCUUGAUGUACGCUAUGGUAUGCACUAGACCUGAUCUUGCACAUGCUGUUAGUGUUGUCAGCAGGUUUAUGAUACAACCUGGGAAGAAGCAUUGGCAGGCUGUGAAGAGGAUCUUCCGGUACCUUAAGGGUACAUCUGAUGUGGGGAUUAGCUUCGGAAGUGAUACAGAGUGCUUGGUGUCUGGGUAUUCUGACUCGGACUAUGCUGGAGAUGUUGACACGAGGAGAUCGAUGACCGGUUAUGUAUUCACUCUUGGGAGUUCUGUAGUGAGCUGGAAGGCAACUUUGCAGUCGGCGGUGACAUUGUCUACUACUGAGUCAGAGUAUAUGGCGUUCACAGAAGCUGCUAAGGAGGAAAUAUGGUUGAAGGGACUGGUUGGUGAUCUUGGUCUACAUCAUGAUCAGGCAGUGGUGUAUUGCGACAGUUUGAGUGCAAUAUGCUUGGCCAAGGAUCAAGUCCACCAUGAGAGGACUUAGCACAUCGAUGUGAGGUAUCAUUUCUUGAGGACAGAGAAGAGGAUUAAGGUGAAGAAGGUUGGCACCGCGGAUAAUCCUGCUGAUAUGUUCACGAAGCCGGUUCCACAUGGCAAGUUCCAACACUGCUUGGACUUGCUGAAUGUCUUGAGUGGGUGACUCCGCCCUGCGGGGCAUUGAUGACGGGAGAGAGAUAGAAGGAGCAGAAUACAUCAGAGAUUUCAGA